CCGCGUGUGCAGAUUCAAAUGUUACUCCAGAAAGAGGCUGGGCGCGAGAUUCGGCGGGAUGGACGAAUUGAGCUGUCACUCUCAUUUCAGUAGUCUAGGCACUUGGCAUGUUGUACGGGAUACGUAUUUACAAUCGUGGGAAUAAUAUUGGCCAGUUUAUGUAUUCCAUGACGCAUCAGAAAGAGGGAUAUAAUUUUCACGUGUCAUCUCCAUAAGUGUAUAGAAAUCAUAACGUUGACUCGGAAUACUACUGCAGAAGUCCAGUUAAUGGAAAUGUUAACCUGUGCUCCGAAUUUAAUGCUGUUUGGGAACUUAUAACGGAGAAUUCUAUAUAACCGUUGACAAUUGACUGAUGGUGUGAUUCUAGAAGUGUCCGUAGUACUUUUGAGUGUCAAAGAGCAGGGGAUUGUGAUCUGUAAGCCCCAUCAUGGCCAAAAGAUCUCGCAGUGAGGAUGAAGAUGAUGACGUGCUGUAUAUGGACUGCGAUGAUGAGAUGGUACGGCAAAAAGGGUUUAAAAAGUUAUGGAACAAAUUAAAAUGGACAAAAGAAGAGGAUGAGAAACUAAAGAAGAUGGUGGAACAGUGUGGAACAGACGACUGGAGCUCAAUUGCAUGCCACUUUUCUAAUCGAUCUGAUGUUCAGUGCCAGCAUAGGUGGCAGAAGGUUCUAAAUCCUGAAUUGAUUAAAGGCCCUUGGACAAAAGAGGAAGAUCAGAGGGUAAUUGAAUUGGUUCAGAAAUAUGGCCCAAAGCGUUGGUCACUGAUUGCAAAGCAUCUUAAAGGAAGAAUUGGAAAGCAAUGCAGAGAAAGAUGGCACAAUCACCUGAAUCCCAUGGUUAAAAAAUCUUCAUGGACAGAGGAGGAGGACAGAAUAAUCUAUGAAGCUCAUAGACGGCUAGGAAACCGCUGGGCUGAGAUUGCAAAACUGCUUCCUGGGAGGACUGACAAUUCCAUCAAGAAUCACUGGAAUUCAACAAUGAAAAGAAAAGUGGAGCAAGAAGGCUAUUUGCAGGAUGUCUCUGAUUCAGAGCGCUCAUUUCCAUCAAAAUUGCCAUCCAAGUCUUGUAGCGCAUUGGACACCUUGCAAAGUCAGGUCUUCAUGCCCAUGCUAACACAUGUUCCUGGGUUCCCUUAUGUGGAAGAAGGUUACUCGGACAACACUCAGAUGACUCCCUGUUUUAUUCAGCAUCCAUUUGUUGAUGAUGAUCCUGAUAAAGAACAAAGGAUAAAGGAACUUAAGCUGCUUCUUAUGUCGGCUGAAACGGAAGUCAGACAAGAGAGAGUUGUUUCUCAAAGUGAAAAAACUGCUAAGUGGCGUAAUGCUUUUCUUAAGGACAAUAUGCUAAACAGUCUUGAAGAGCACAGUAGCGCAUAUUGCAGUAUGGAGGAGUCCCAUAAUGCAUCCAGCCAGCAUAUCUCGCCCUGUAAACUUUUAAUAACUGAAGGUACUGCUGUUCUGCCAUCUUUACAGAUAAUUCCCGAGUUUGCUGAGACUUUGGAGCUUACUGAUUCUGAUUCACUGUCAUGGAGUGAUGUCACUAGUUUUGAUAUUUCUUGUACCACAUCACACUCAGCACAAACUCCAGAGAAAUAUGUACCCAUGCAGUAUGAUAAAGAGACUGCAGAAUAUCAGUUUGAUUGUACUGUAAUAUCUGAUCUGCCCAAAGAAUGUAAUGGUACAGAAUCUGAAGUUGUUUCUUUGGCAUCCCCAUCCAUUGUCAAACUUAAUACUCCACCUGCUAUCCUAAGGAAGAAGAAAAGGCAGCUACCAAGCCACCUGACCAACACAAGUAGUUCUGUCAUAGAUAUUACUACACAAAAACGCACUCCAGUGAAGACAUUGCCUUUUUCUCCUUCACAGUUCUUCAAUAUUUGUUCUAACAAUGAACAACUUGACCUUGAAAAUCCUACAUUUACAUCAACUCCAGUUUGUGGACAGAAGACUCCUGUUGUAACUCCUCUUGAAAAGGGAAAUAUUUCUAAAGAACAAAAAGAAAAUACUGGCUUCAGAACUCCAACUAUUAGAAGAUCCUUACUAGGUACUACACCCCGGACACCCACCCCAUUCAAAAAUGCACUUGCUGCCCAAGAAAAAAAAUAUGGCCCUCUCAGAAGUAUGCCCCAACCACUUGUGGAUUUGGAAGAAGAUAUAAGAGAGGUACUGAAGAAAGAAAUGGGAACAGAAACUUUUAUUGCUAGAGAGGAGAAACACACAAAAAACUGCACACACAAGCUUUCUGCUCCUGUGAAAAAGGUUAGAAAGUCCCUUGUUUUGGAUGAUGUGGAAAACGAUAGUCCUAGUUCUCCAGCAUCAACAGAAAGUACUAGUCCGAGCAUGCAGUCAAUAAGUAUGUUUACCAGAGCAUUGCUCUUGACACCAUUAGCGGAUAAACUGGAUGAUCCGUGUUCAUCAGCAUUAAUGGAAAAUUAUGCCAGCUCAACUAAAAGAAAAAGUUUAUUUUUCACAAAGAAGAAAAUUAAUCCUUGCACAUCAAAAACGCUUAAACUGGGACCACAUCUCCAGGUAAAUGAAUGGGAAGCCGUUGUUUAUGGAAAGACUGAGGACCAGUUGAUCAUGACUGAACAGGCAAGACGAUACUUGAAUGCAUACACUGGGAGCACUCCAAGAGCACUUAUCUUAUGACUUGCACAUUGACUUACUGAAAGAAAGCAUCAUUCUAAACACUAAGACAUUAUUGUUAGAUAAUGUGCUGCUUAGUUUAAAAAAGAAUUUUAGCAAUGUGUUCUGUCUGCAAUCUUAGAGGCAGAGCAAACCAUUAAGUUGUCCUUAUUUUAUAAGAAUUGAAAUAGUGCUGACUGUUGUAUUGCAAGAAGUGUUUUGUAACUUAAAAAGUGUCAGGUAAUUUUGAAACUAUUAAGUGCAUUAACAUCAUUUCCCAGAAGUGGCCAUCACUCAUGUGGCAUCUUAAUAUUUAGACCACUUUUAUAUCAUAGGAAUGCCCUAAAC